GCCAUAAAUAAUAAAAGGGGGAAAGCAGAAUUCAGAACGAAAAGGUCUUUUCAAUUUUCCAUCACCACCCUCUCUCUCCAUUCGCUCAGUCAAGCGGCUUCAUUUGUUUCCCCCUCCAAACCUUAAACAAAAAGGGCAAACCUACGCAAAAAAAAAAAAAUCGUCGACAAUACAAAUCCACCAGAAAAGCAACGCAAACAAAAAACGCUAAUGGCCCUUCCCUUUCACUCUAGUCCUCAAAAUUUUACCUCUUAAAACCCCCCCAAAACCCCUUAAUCCCCUCUUUAUCCCUUCGAUUUCAUUAAUCCAGCAAAAGCUGCCAAAGUUUAUUUUUAGUAAUUUUACUUUUUGAAAAAGAAGAUUACUAGUAGAAUGUCAAACUCGGGCGGGUUCGCGGUGACCCGAGCUCACACGGGGGACCGAUUCUACAACCCGCCGGCGGUGAGGCGGCAGCAGCAGUUAUUACAACAGCAGCAGUUGCAGAGGCAGCAGCUGCAGAGACCGUUGCAGAAGGAGCUACAGAGACCGUCAAAGAAGGAGAGCCGAGUCAACUUGGUCGAUUCAAUGGCUGAGGCUCGGACGGAUUCGGACGAGUCUACAUUGUCGAGACCUAACUCGGUGUGCUCCGCUUCGCCGUCUUCGCCGAAGAUUGCUAAUUUGACCAAUUUGGAUCGGCUCAUGGAAUCGGUCACUCCUUUUGUUCCGGCUCAGUGCUUCUCUGAGGAAAAAAGGAGGGGACGGAGAACUCGUGAAUUGGAUGUACACCCGCAUUAUUGUCUUGGUGAUCUAUGGGAAUGUUUUAGUGAGUGGAGUGUAUAUGGAGUUGAAGUGCCGCUCUUGUUGAACGGUAGCGAUUAUGUUAAGCAAUACUAUGUUCCUUCUUUGUCAGGCAUACAAUUAUAUGUAGAUCCACAUAGGCUGAGGAGGCCUAGUGAGGAUAGUGAUGCUGAGUCUUCAAGGGAAACUAGUAGUGCUGGAAGUAGUGACUGUGAAACAGACAGGAGAGUGAAAGGUGGUGUUGAUGGAGCAUGGGAUCAGCCCAACUCCCAGAGGAUGAGUAGACCUCCUAUGAGUUCAUCUAGCGAUGAAGUGGAGGUUGGCAAGUCACCUGGGCUGCUGGUUUUUGAAUACUUUGAACAAGAACAACCACAUCAUCGGAAACCUUUAUAUGACAAGAUUUCAAGUCUUGCAUCUCAAUUUCCAGAUAUCCGGAUGUACAGGAGCUGUGAUCUAUUGCCUGCAAGUUGGAUUUCUGUGGCUUGGUACCCAAUAUACAGAAUACCUAUGGGCCCAACACUACAAAAUCUGGACGCAUCUUUCUUGACCUUCCAUUCUUUGUCGACACAUUUUAGAAGUAAAAGUCCGCUGCAGUAUCCUGCCUCUAGCAGUAGGAAAGUCUCUGGUGUUGAUGCAUCUUCAAAGAUCUCUCUCCCUGUUUUCGGUGUUGCUUCCUAUAAGUUGAGAGGUUCAAUUUUGACUCCCAAUGGAUCCCAAGAAUGGCAGCAAGCAAGCUCUCUGUUACAAGCUGCUGACAAUUGGCUGCGCGGUUUACAAGUCCAUCUUCCUGAUUUCCAGUUCUUUGUUUCACAUAAUUCACAGUGGAGAUAACAAGGUAUUAAUUUUCUAUAACCACUCUUUCAAGUAGGUGGGGGAGUCCAAAGUCUCAGUUUUGGAGUGAUAUUUAGUGAAAGAUGAGAUAGUUUGCUUAAAACUCUGCUACGAAAUGGCUUGGUUUUAAGCCUUGUCAUUCGUAUGAUUCCAUAAGUUCCCUCAUUAAGCAGCAGUGUGCACAAGAGAACAGAAUGCUUGUGUUUCAGUGAGGCGCCAUAAGGGAAAAGGAGGUAUUUGCAACUAGAUUGUGUUUUAUUGAAGUUGCCAGGUGUCAGCACUGAUGGGUACAAGGCAGCUGUUCUGUCAUUUCCAGGCAGGGUCCUAGAAAACUAAGUUCAGCUCAUUGGAAUCUAGAUCACAACUCAAUUAUUUUGCCGUGUGGCUGGUUCAAAUUCUAUGAUCUUGCUAUGCUUGUGAAUCACUGACCAAGCAGCUUCCUUGUCUGCAUCACCUGAUUCUUUGAUAAACGUUUGGAAAUGUUGAUGAACGUCUGAAUGGCUGUGCCUUAUCUGCACAUAUAUACUCACACCUGUACUUUUCAGAAAAGGCAAUACUCAUAACUUAUCAGGGUGUUCCUAAAUGUUUCUUUAGUUUUGUGAUUCUGGAUUGCUGGUGAUUGCUGUUCCUGGUCCCAGCAGCAACCAAGUUAUUAGCACUUCCACAGUUUGUCUAGCAGAUUCUUUGUAGCAAAGUUACUGAUGAACCUUCAGUAUUGCUCACCUCGUUAGGGUCUCUGGACCAAAACUUACGAACUACACCGCUGGUGGCCCACCGGUUGCUGCUCUAUUGUGUUUGGACCAUCGUUUUCUUCCUCAAACUAAAAAUCAGAAUUAGCAGUGUGGAAGUGACUUGCUCAAUUGCAGGAAGCGACAACAGUGGAACGGAAAUCAGUGGAACGGAAAUCAAGUCCAAAGCUUUGGUUAAAGCUUGAAAGUUACUAGUGACGAAGGAAACUUGAUCGAAAGAGGUUGGACUCACAAAAUGGUAUUUUAUUUUCGGUUCUGCACUGGAAUCCCUGCUAUUUGUUGCUUUGCGAUUUGUACAAGGGACAAGGGAACCAAAUAGAUGAUGCAUGUUAGCCGUUGCAUGA